UGUCUGAACUACAUUUCCCAUGAGCAGUAGCGCGGCCUCGUCCCGUCACGUGACGCGCAGCCACGUGGUCACGCGUCACGUGUUGUUCAGACAUGGCGGCCUCCGUCUCCAGUGAAGACUUCUCCAACCUGCAGCUGCUGCUGAAGGCUCCGUCCAAAGAUGCCGUGAGAGAUGUUUGUGUUCAGAGUCACAGAGCUCCGAGUCGCCGGCUCGCUGACGCCACGGCAACGACGUUCGGCAUCUCUGCAUCCCAGGCUGCCCAGCUCGUCGGCUCGCUCCACCUUCUCUCUCGUCACGUCCUCUUCCACAACCUCGGCUCCCCGGAGAAGAUCCUCGCUCUCUUCCCAGACUCGUUCCACUCCAGUCUCAAGAACCUGGUCACCAAGAUCCUCCUGGAGAACAGUCCAACAUGGAGGACGGAGGCUGCGAGUGACCAGAUCUCUCUCCCUCAGCUGAAGGAGUUGAACUGGAGAGUGGACAUGGUGACGGGUUCGGACUCUCUGAGUCGUGUGUCAGUGCCGAGCUGCCUCGUCCAACUGCAGGUGGAGGACCCGUGUCCGCCGGCCGGCGGCGAGGCGGUCUCCACGGUGACGGUGGAGCUGAGUCGGGAGUCUCUGGACACGAUGCUGGACGGACUGGGACGAAUCAGAGAGCAGCUGUCGGCGGUCGCCGGGAAACAAUGACAUCAUCGUCAUGACACCAGAUCUUGAUCGUUGGAUGUUAAUUCUUCAGUGAGCAGAUUGACAUGAAAUGUUUGUUUUGAUUAUGAAAAGUAUUUUCUCAUUUAAUCACUGUGCCAUGUUUAAUAUUUCCUGUGAGAUGACAGUCUGUCACAUCUUUGACCAGAGAGAUAAAACAUCAGACUGUAAAUAAAGAUGGACGACGAAAAUAAAAACUCAAAACAA